GUGCGUCCUUCUACAACUAUCCGAAGCAACACUUCUCAAAUCUACUAUCAUCUUCACGGGAUUUUUCUUUUCUAUAGAGCUCAUCUAUAGUCUGAACAAAGGGUCUUUUCAGACGUGCACGCCCGGUCACGACUCAGGAUGCAGGUCGCUGAAUUCCUUUCUGACUUGAAGUCACUGCAAGUCUGCCAAGAUCAAAAUGCCGCGAUGAAUCUGGUGUCUGACCAAAGGGAUGUGUCCGCUAUCGCGACCAAGGAGAAGAAAGAUGACGUAGAUGUCGACCUUAAAAGGGCCAAAGAUGUGAUCGAGCUUUACACGAGGCUGCGAUCCAUAUCUCAAGGAGGCAACGAUAUCGACAGUGAACUUCGGGGCGACCGAGAUGAUGUUGACAAGGCAAUUGCAUCUCUGUAAAGUCUAAAGUGCUGUUCUCCAAAACGUUUGACACCCCACUCCGGGCGUCUUCAAUUGGGCUUUGUUCAUAUUCCGUGCUUCACGAUACUGCUAAGCACUGAUCCACGACAUCUAGGUAUGCUCUAUUGUCUAUUGUUCUCGCUUGUCAUUUCACCGGUGUCGACAUGGGCCUAUUGUCCCCGCAGUUCGGCAAUUUCAAAGUCGACGCACUUCCC